GAUGGCUGCGCCCAUGUGAAAUGAAAAAAACACACAACAAUUUCAGUUGACAUAUUUAAAAAUGUAGACAACUCGCAAACUACUUUGUCAUUUUAGUGUUAAUUAAUUCCAAAGUUAUGUUUAACAAUAGAAGUGAAUUUGCAAGCAACAGAAUGAGGGGACCACCGCCUCACAUGCCUGAAUUUUCCAGUGGCAGUCGUUUUUCGAAUCCAGGUCCUCACAAUGACAAUAACCAGAAUGUUAGACAUAGGUUUGGCCCUCCUAUUGCGCCAUUUACUGGCCACAAUGUCAAUAUUAACAUACGCAUACCUCCACCAAGGGACUUUAAUCAUCAACCCCAUCUUGGUAACAACUUUCAGAACCAAGGCAAUGUUUACCAAUCACAACCACAGGGGAAUCAACCACACUUCCAUAACACAAAUCCAAUGAAUCAAGCAGGAUCUCAACCAGUGCCAAGACUUCCAGUACCUCAAAAUUUCAGAGACGAUAUUGGACCGAGAUUACAGACUUCAAUACAAAAUUUUGACGACAAAUUAUUUCCCUUCAAUCAAGUUGUGAUAGAUGAAAAUAAAGACAAGCAUGAUGAUCAGAUUUGGGUAAAUAACUGGACCCUGAAAAUUCAAAAUAAAACCACACAGAAAAAUAAGGAAGAAAUCAAAGAUGGUAUAUCUAUAAAUAAUGCUCAGAAGAAAACAAGGGAGAUGAUUGUCCUUCUUGCUCGACUUCAAAAGCAGAAAAGCAUGCUUGAAACAAUGAAAAAUGAAGAUGCCUCAAUAUGGGACCAGAAAAUGAAAGAAUUGCUCAAUAUUAAGACAGAGGUUGAAAAGCUGCAAACUGAGAUGACAGAUGGUGAAAAAUUGAAAACUUUGCACAAGAAGAUCAACAAAAGAAGGAAGAAAAGGGCGAGGGUGAAGCGACUCCGUCAGCAGGUGCGUGAGGAGUGUCAAGCAGAGUUGUCUGCCCGUGAGGAGAAACAUGCCCUUAUUGACAAACAGAUGCAUCAAAUUGUUGAGAAGCAACGCGCACAGAAACAGGAACAGGACAUGCAGAAGGAGGCUGAUGUGAUCCUUGGCCAGGUCCGACGAAAGUUGACAGAGGCAUCGCGUGCUCAGCAGCUCCUUGACGGACUGCAAAAACUACGAAAACUACGGUCUGACAGGCUAGAUAGACAAGGAGUGUUAGGCAGUGUGGCUGGAGGCCAAGGAGGCAGCGAGGCCAGGAAACUCCUGUUUGAUAAUAAGAUGUCCACCCUGUCUGAUCUGCUCACCUCGCGGUUGAAGACAUACAAGGCUGAAGAAUCUACACUUCAGGUGUUACUGGAGCAGGAGCAGCAAGAAACACGAGAGAAGGAGGAGGAGCGAGCUCAACAACGUCUUCAUGACAAACAUGUACGACAGCGUGCAAGGGAGGAUGUCAUGGUGUUUGGGGAUCACAGGAGGGCCCAGCCUGGUGAUCCUAUAUACAGUUUCCAGCAGUUUUACGAGUCAGCCAGCAGCAGUGUUGAGGCCCUUAUAUCUAUCAGGUCUGAUUGGGACAUGUACCUUGCCACACCAGGUACUCCUGGAGCCUCCUGUAUACCAGACCACUGGGUGCUUCCACCAGAACCAUCUUCACAGGCCUGGACAAGGACACUGGAUAACAACACCUAACUUCCCAUAACAUUUUCGUCUGGGGCUUGUACACAUGUACCUAGCCUCAGCGACCCCUGGACAUAUUGUGAAAUAAAAUAGUAAAAAUACACAAUGAUAUGUUUAAAAAAAUGAAAAAAAUAUUGUUAGUUUUUACCUUUUUAAUGAAAUAUUGUAUCCAAAACUGUGGAAGAGUUGAUGAGUUCUUAAAGUAACAAACUCUGUCAAAUUCUUUUAACUUUUAUGUCUAUUCUAUAAUAGCAUUCUUGUUCAUUUUAGUCAAAGGUAGAAUUGCCAAUUUCAUUAAAUAUGAUGCAUU